AUUGCAAGCCCGGCGCGGAGCUGCUAAUAGGGACGAGGGGCAAUAUAUUCCCUCGUUAGCAGGGUGGUGGGGGAACCGACAGAGGCUUGCUGCUGCUGCUGUUGCCACUGGGAUCAGACAACGAGCACAAAAGGAAUCGAUCGUCUGUGCAGGCUGACAUUCAAGCCUCUGGAAGGAGACGUUGAUAAACCUCCCUCCGAGUAGCAGGAGCAAGAGGAGGUGGCGGCGUCGGGGCUUAGAUCUCGAGACCAGCCAAGCUUCUUGGAUGAUCGCCUUUCGGAGCCGGGAGGAUUAUACAGGGCAGGAACUAAAGGGGUUCUGCGACACCCAAAGAUAAAAGGAGAAGAAGAAGUUUCCCCACCCGGAAAGCGGCCGCGCGUGGUUUAAACCCUUGGAUUUCUUGGGAAGGCAAGACAGGGGGGCUUCCGCGGGACCAUGGCAUCGACAGAAGGUGCCAACAACAUGCCAAAGCAGGUAGAAGUGCGAAUGCAUGAAAGCCACCUGAGUCCAGUGGAGGUUCGGAAGAAGAACAUAUGUGUGCGGCUCUGCCUUUCGCUCAGAAAAAAUCUGCUCCUUUCACUUACUGUAUUUGGUGUCAUCAUGGGCGCAUUGUGUGGGGCACUUCUUCGCAUGGCAACACCUAUUAAUCCUGAUGUCAUCAUGUUGAUAGCCUUCCCAGGAGAUAUCCUGAUGCGGAUGCUAAAAAUGUUGAUUCUUCCUUUAAUCAUCUCAAGCUUAAUCACAGGUCUGUCUGGCUUGGAUGCCAAGGCUAGCGGUCGGUUAGGUACAAGAGCUAUGGUUUACUAUAUGUCCACGACGAUCAUUGCUGCUAUAUUGGGAGUUAUUCUGGUCUUAGCCAUUCACCCAGGCAAUCCAAAGCUCAAGAAACAGCUGGGAGAAGGAAAGAAGAACGACGAAGUGUCCAGCCUUGAUGCUUUCUUGGAUCUUAUCCGAAACUUGUUCCCAGAAAACCUCGUACAAGCAUGCUUUCAGCAGAUUCAAACGGUCACCAAGAAAGUGCUUGUCCCUCAAGAGAUCGAUGAACCAGCCAAUGCAACAGACUCCAUCUUUGACAUGUUGAAUGAAACAGAAGUGACGCCAGAACCUCAGCUAAUCAUUAAGAAAGGCCUCGAAUUUAAGGAUGGCAUGAAUGUCUUAGGACUCAUUGGGUUCUUCAUUGCUUUUGGUAUUGCAAUGGGCAAGAUGGGAGAACAAGCCAAGAUGAUGGUCGAUUUCUUCAAUAUCUUGAACGAGAUUGUAAUGAAGCUGGUAACCAUGAUUAUGUGGUACUCGCCACUGGGCAUUGCCUGCCUCAUCUGUGGAAAAAUCAUUGCAAUCAAGGACCUGGAAGUAGUUGCUAGGCAACUUGGAAUGUACAUGGUAACUGUGAUCAUAGGCCUUAUCAUCCAUGGAGGGAUCUUCUUGCCUUUGCUGUACUUCGUGGUAACAAGGAAAAAUCCCUUCUCAUUCUUUGUGGGCAUCUUUCAGGCAUGGAUUACUGCGCUAGGCACUGCUUCGAGUGCUGGUACACUGCCUGUUACCUUUCGCUGCCUUGAAGAAAACUUGGGCAUUGAUAAGCGUGUGACAAGAUUUGUCUUGCCUGUUGGGGCCACUAUUAACAUGGACGGGACUGCCCUAUAUGAAGCUGUGGCAGCUAUCUUCAUAGCACAGAUGAAUGGAAUUGCGCUGGAUGGUGGACAGAUAGUCACUGUCAGUCUGACAGCUACGCUUGCGAGUGUUGGAGCUGCGAGUAUACCCAGUGCAGGACUGGUGACCAUGCUUCUCAUCCUCACCGCAGUGGGCCUUCCCACACAGGACAUCAGCUUACUUGUUGCUGUAGAUUGGCUUUUAGAUCGAAUGAGAACCUCUGUCAAUGUUGUGGGAGAUUCCUUUGGAGCUGGCAUUGUCUAUCACCUCUCCAAGGCAGAGUUGGAAAACAUUGAUGCCCAUCACAAAGGACACGAAGAUAUUGAAAUGACCAAGACACAGUCCAUUUAUGAUGACAUGAAAAACCACAGGGAAAACAACUCAAACCAGUGUGUUUAUACAGCCCACAACUCUGUCAUAAUAGAUGAGUGCAAGAUUGAGAAACAUUGAAAGGGCAGAACUGAUUCAGUACAAAAUAAAAACACGUCACCCUGGCAACAAAUGGCAAAUCUGCAGACUUCAAUGCUGUUGAAGAAGAACCUUGGAAACAUGAGAAAUAAGGAAGGAACAAUCCAGGUCCACCUCUAAUAAGCCCCAGAAGUUGUCUUGUGGUAAAAGCUGGUUUCAAGAUUCAAGAAUAUUUUUCACUGUCUUCAUUUAGUAUAAAAACUAUUCGCUUAUUUAAUGCUCUUAAUGGAAACUUAGAAACAGUUUCAUAAAGUCAUUGCUCCUUUAGCAUCUUUGCCAAAUAAUUCAUAACCAUCUCUCUCAAUUGUGUCACCAUUUGAAUGGAUGUGGCUGAAGGACACCCUGUCAGUUCAAGAGAUGUAUUUUUGCUGGGCUUCCUCUGUUCAACUCAAGACGUAGAGAAUGUAGAUGCUGCAAAAGAGGAAAGAUCAGAAAGCCCCGAUGGCUGGUGAGACUUGGGCUAAUAAGCAUUAAGUAUAAUGUAAACAGUGCAGUCUUUUGCAAUGCCUCUUCUCCUGCUGUAGAUGUCAACCAGCACCUUGGUGCAUAUCAAAUACAGUUAGCACUGUGGACUGUAAUAUAUGAUCACUGUAAAUGUUUUAUAUGUGCUUUAUUAAUACGUAGCAUAUGCUAUUCUCAAUUCCCUAUUAUUCAUGCCAUCCUCACAUUGAUGGUCAUAUCCCAGUUCUUUUAACCAUCCAGAGCCCCAUGCAUGCCAGAUCUAUGUAGUCACCCAGGGGAUAUCAUUUUCGUCACCCAAAACUUGAAGGUAUAGGAAAAAUGAUUUGCAGUUUAUAGUGGUGGGUGGGUGUGAAUGCCUCUGUGCACGGUCCCCCAAAAUGAAUUACAUGAAUUAGCAUGUAUACAUGGCUUGACCAUGAUUUUUUCUCCAAUUGAGUUCAAUGGACUGUAUUGCCAGUAUAUAAAUUUAGGUGUGAAAUAUGUAGUUUUCAGAGCUAAUAAACCACCCCAGAUUGUAUGCUAUUCAUACUAGCAACUAGCACAAUUCUGAUUAUCCAUACAAGGAGAAACAUAGACUGCAAUAUGUGGCUGUCUCAAUCCAGCGACGUCAAAGUACCAUAUAGAUGCAUAUCACUGGUAUUUCAGCAGGAAAAUCUGCAGCAAGUAAUAUCUUGUCACCCUUUUGCUGAGACCUGGGAUGGAAUAAGGUGCUAUUCUUUAGGGAUGAAAUGUCUGCAAAUAAAUCACAUCUUUUGCAUUCAUUUUGCUAAAAAGAAACUUAAGUUUAAUAUUGUUUAACAGCUGGAAGCUAUUUAUACACUGGCGAAAAUGUUUUAUAUGUUUGGUCCUUGUGAACAGAGAACUGAAACGUAAGAUACGGUAAUAAUCUUGUUAGUUAUAUCUUGGUUUGUACAAAUGGGUUUGGGUAAAGAAUAUCCAUUCAGAAUUGUAACAGAAUUAUAUUUAGUAAUUGUUGUGAUGCCCAAACUGCAAUAAUUCCUUGACAACCCAUCAUAAAAGGACACACUGCCACAGCAAAUAUCUGCAAGUUGGAGCAGGAAAGAUUUAAUCUCUUGUUGAUGGAUCAUAGAAUUGCAGAGUGGAAGGGUCGGUGAGGGUCAUUUAGUCCAACCAUCUGCAAUGCAGGAAUCUUUUGCCCAACAUGGUGCUAGAGCCAAAAAUAUUGAGAUAAAGUGUCUCAUGCUCUACUAACUGAGCCACUCUGAACAUGUUUGCCUUCCUGCAGACUUAUACAGAGUAUUAUCCUUUGCCAAACAGGCAUGAAGGAUUUCCCAUAGGUUUCAACAGAAUCAUGUUUCUCCCUUUUGCUCUCUGCAUACAUGAAUGUAACUUCGCAGGCUGGGUCAUAGGAGGACUGGCUUUGUCUCCCAUUAAACCAGCCUGCGCACCCAUUCUUCUUGAUCACCUUGAAUUCUGGAGGUCAUAUAAUUUAACUAAGUGGCCAGAGAUGGGGUGGGGUAGGCUGUGUGUGAGAGCUGUGCUCAUAUCUUUCAUUUCCCAACUAAUUUGACACACUGAAGGGAGAGAGGAGAAACAGCUCUGCUGAUUCCUUGACAUAAAGGCAGUGUGCUCUUGUAGGGAAGGAAUCUACCCAUGGAUUUUUAUACUCUGAUAUUAUACUUUUCAUGGAAUACAUACAUUUUGUAGAAUUGAAGGCCCUACCCCAUCUUUUCUGCACAUGCUCAUGUUAACAUCAAUGAGGUACCAUGGGGAUUGCUUACAUAGGUGUUUCUAUUCUUCCCCACAUCACUUUAUACUUGGUGGCUGUUCAGUGCACAAUUAGAAUGAGCAAACAAGGUACUGAGCCAGCAAUGUGAUUUCCAGACCCCUGUCUAGGGUAAUGGUUUGAGCAACACUAAUAAAAAAAUACCCCAUUGCUUUUAUUUUAUUUUAUAAACUAGGAAGACAUUCUCAAAUUGAAAUGGGGAUAAAUUCUGCAUGUGUGCAGAGUUAAGAUUUUUUGAAUGGAUAUCAACAGAAAGAACACCUUUUACAAAACUGGGGGGGGGGAGGGAGGGAUUUUUGUAUGUUUUAUAACUCAGGGAAUUUCAAUCUUACGAUACUCCUUUCCCAACAAUAAAAAACAGGGAGAGGGAAGCAACUAUUAUAUUGGAGGCUUGCAUAUUUUAUCUUCUAGAUAAAUGCUAUUACAUAAUUCUGUUGUUCUAACUGGUCAACUGACUGUCCACAAGUAUUUCUAUUUAAUUAUGAAGUCUAAAUAUCCUUAGCUGCCAUUUCAUAGUUUGCUUAGCCAAUAUGAAUCUAGGUUGCUAAACCAGGGGGAAAAA